AUUGAUGCGCGCACACGUGUUCCAAAUGACUGCAUGCAGCAUUGGAAAAAUAGAUAGAUUCUUGUUGAAUUGUUGUUGUUUAUAUUCUGGGUCAAUAGGUUUAAUCUUUCUUGGUGUGUGUGUGUGUGUGUGUAUGUUUUGAAUGUGCAAAAUAUUUUGAAAUGGCUGAAAUUGUUCAACAAGUUUUUGAAACAUCAAUACUUGAACUAGCUGUAUUGGAAAAAUAUCAUCUAUUCAAAUCAUCGGAAAUCAAAACCAUUCUAGGCAAACGUCGAGAAUUUGAAUAUCGUCUUCGUAAAGUGAAUAAAAAUAAAGAUGAUUUUCUACAAUAUCUUGCCUAUGAAGAAAGCCUAUUGAAAUUGAUUCGUGUACGUUGCGAUAAACUUGAAGUCGAAGUUGAUAGAUAUGAAAUUGAAUAUAGCUUUAUUGAACAUAUAAAAAAAUUAUUUGAAUUCACCAUCAAUAAAUUCAAAUCGGAUAUAUCAAUAUGGUUAUCAUAUGUAGAUUUUGUGAAAAAUCAAAAGAUGUACGAUCUUGUGUCGAUCAUUUAUUUCCGUAUGUUACAGAUUCAUAAUAAACCAUGGUUAUGGAUUCAAUAUGCUAAAUUUGAAUUCGAAGAAAAGGCAUCAUCACAAACAGCUCGUAAGAUCAUGUUGAAAGCAAUUUCAUUCCAUCCAGAAUCCAAAGUGAUAUGGCUUGAAUAUUUUAAAUUUGAACUAUUAUAUUGUGCCAAAAUUCGUAAAAGAUUUAAAUUGUUUUUAAAGUUUUCCGAUGAAAAAUCGACUACAGAAUGGAGUGAUAAACAAUCAAAAGAUAAUAUCUGGAAUGGAAAAUUAGCAUUAAUUGUUUAUAGGCAUGCAAUCAAUCGUAAUGAUCAGUUUGAUUUUGCAGCCAAUUUUAUUGACAUUUGCAAUCGAUUUGAUUAUGAAACAACCAAAGAGGUUAAACAAUCCAUUAUAGAUGAUCUUAAAAUUAGAUUUGAUAAUCGUGAAGAAUUCUGGAAUCUUAUGGCCAUGAAUAAAUAUGAAGAAUAUAAACAAAAACUACGUGGAAAUAUGGCUGAAAAUGAUGAUGAAAAAUUGGCAAUCAAAAAGAAUGCCAUCAUUGAAACGGUGGAAAUAUUUGAAAAAGCUUGCAUACGAUUCGAUACAGCCUUGAUGUGGGAGUUUUAUCUCGAGUUUAGAUUUAAAGAUUUAUUAGAAAAUUAUAACAACAAUACUACGGAUCAAGCAUCUGAAAUUCUACAUCUAUUAGAAACAUUAUGGAAUGUUGAUAAAAUCACAAUGAAAAUCUUUCAACAAUGGGUUCGAUUCUAUUAUACCUGUUUUCGUAGUAAUCAAUUAGCGAUGCAAAGACUUCAACAUUUAUUAUUGGAUAGUGCCGAAAGAUGGCCCAAUGAUUUAAGUCUACAUCUAUUCAUUGGUAGUUUUAUGGCUAAAUUUCCUUCAGAAAAUCAAAAAAUUGUACAAAAAUAUUUUGAUGAUUGUCUUAUGAAAAAAUUUACUCAUUUUGACCAAAACAAUGCUAGUAUAGGCAUGGAUUUCUGGGAAUUAUACAUUGAUUGGUCAUUGAAAAAUAAAUUACAGGCACAGAAAAUUUUAAAAAUUAUUAAUGAUUUCAACAAUCAAAUACUGAAUCAUUGUCCACGUAAAAUGUCUGAAUAUUUUAAACCAAAAAUUCUUGCCAUCAAUUAUCAUCUAAUGGGCAUCAAUCGUACACGUGCUUAUUAUGAAAAAAAUAAAUCCGUAUCACCUAUAUGUAAGAAUUUUUUUCUAAAAAUGAUCGAAAUUGAAAAACAUUCAUUAAAUGAAGAAGAUGAUCAACAACAACAACGACAACAAUCAUAUGCCAAUGUAUAUGAAGAUCUAAUACAUUAUUUCGGUAAUGAUGAUGCACAAAUAUGGAUUGAUUAUAUCAAAUAUGCAAUGUAUGAUAUGGGUGAUAUAGUCAAAUCAACUAAUCUAUACCAGAAAGCAUUAAAAUGUCUACCCUCGUUUAUUUGUAAUGAUUUUUUGCAAAAAUAUGCUCUAUUCCAAUCAUCAUCAUUAAAAUAAUUGUUAAUCUAAUCCGAUUGAUUUAAUCAUUAUUUACAUAUAUAGACAUUAUAAUUGUCCUUUCCUUGGUUACAAUCACAAUGAUUUUAAAUGAUAAAAAAUAAAAUAAUUAUUAUUAGUUCAAAAA